GCCGACGACCGCUGCAGCUGGCUAACAUCUGGCCGUGGCCUGGGUGGAGGUGCAGAGAAGCAGAUGAGGCCACUCUCUGCGAGGGGCACUGCCACCAGAUGGGGCGUCUCCUCCAUGUUUUAAUUCCCUCCUCAGCUUCCAGAUAAUUAUAGCAGGAACGAGCGGCCUUGUGCACUCCCCAUUCAGGCACCUAUUGGUACAAUUAAUCCCAGCACUGCUCUAAACGGCGACACAAAAGGCCUUUGGAGUGAGGCCCUUUAUCAGCGAACAAAGAGCGGCCUGUGGGAGAGAACCUGAGAUUGCACUUUUCCCGCUGACACGCAUUUUGCGCACACAAAAGCAAAGCCACACAAAGUGCUGUGCGCCGGGUCAGACGCUGCAGGGAGACCCCGCCACGCACUUCCCAGACCGCGGGGCCCACCCACUCCCAGAUUCCCACCGCCGCCUGCCAGGGGAAUCCUCCCACCUCCGACCCCGGCUGACAUGGGAGCCGUCGCGCUACCCCACGCCAGCGCCCUUCUCACCGAGGGGGCAGGCCAAGGAGGUGCCCGCUCCCCAGCUGCCCUCGCCUCCCACGUCGGCCGAGAUACCAUCGCGCAGGGAAACAUCCGCGUCCCCCAGAGACUCGGUGCCUGGCAUUGCCCACCAACACCCUCUUACGAAGCACAUGCCGCCCACUACCCUUCCUCGCUCCAGCACCCUUCCCCAUGAUGACCCCUCCACUCACCCACCUGCCUAUGUCAUCCCCAGGCUUCGAGAUGCUCUCCUGGCCUCACUCCCCAGUGCUGUGAAUUUCCCCCAAAACCUUCCCCGUGGCAAGCACCGGGCUUUUAGGAACAGGGACUGCAGUCCGAUCCUUAGCAGUCGCAGCCGCUUCCCACCCCGGGGUGCAACGACAAGGAGCGGUACCCGAAACACCAAGAACGCCCGAUGACGUGCCACAGGGGAAGAUUUUGCACGGGAGAUGCAGAUGGAGCGGGCUGAGGGGGACACGGAGAUGCGGCGGGAGCAGCUUGGCGUGGGUCCCCCGCACCCCCCCCAGCCGGCAAGUCUGGACUUGGCUCCGGGAGGGGCUGCGGACACGGAGGCAGGAGAAGGGGGUGCCCCACUCUCCUCCGUCCCUGCGCCCCCCCAAAAGCCCGGCCUGUCGGAGCACAGCGACUCCAGGCUGGGGAGAGGUUGCGACCCCCAGCCCAGCCCAGGACAAGACUCGCAGCUGGAUUUCAAAGGCCUCAAACGUUCGCUCGCCGCCUUUGAUCUCGACAGAUGCUGUGCGGCAGCUCCCUCUGCAGGAGCUGGGGACGGCUGCACCUGCGGGCCGCGCGGGAGCCGGGACCGCUGCCCAGCACCAGCACCCUGGACCCCCCCCACCCUCGGGCACCUGACCUCAGACCCCCAGCCCCAGCCAGGGGAACCCUGGGGAAACCCACCCAGUGCUGGUCCUUCCUUUAGCUGUGAGCGUCUUCUCUUUCUGAACCAGACUAGCUUUGCUGACGGCUGGCCCCGCCACUCCCCUCCACAUGCACACGUUCUCCCUCCGUGUCUCGCUUCUUCAUCUGCGUUUCCGUCCAGCCGAUUCCAUCCCCUCCCCCUGAGGCAGAGCAGAGCAACGUGGCUCCAUCUCCUCCUCCUCGCUGCAGCGGCCAGGCAGGGCCUCAACUCAAGGACAUGGUGCCAUCAAGCCUGGCCUGCGCCUGCCCCGACUAACCCCCUUGCACAGGUCCUGCAGCCGGGAAGUAGGAGGCAAAGCCAGCACAAGCUUGGGGAGUGGUCCCGGCAGUACUUUGGCCUCCUUACUCAAGGAGGGAUGCCGGGGAAGAGGCCAACUGCUUGGCCCUGCUUGCUACCUGCCCUGGGCCCUGCCUGGGGGAGAAGCUAUUGGGUGCAGCAUUCAUGCCUGGGAUGGGGCAGGGAGGAAGGGAAGCAUCAGACCCUCCUGCCGUAGAUGCAUUGACUCUUCUGCCAGGAAACGGGGGUUGUGACAACUGCCCCCAGCUGGGACCAUCCCCAGAGCCCGCAGGACGCGUCAGCCUGGCUCAGCACUUCCAUGCCCAUGUCCUGCCUCUGGCCAAGGCCUGGACCUGCCCUACUUGAAGUUAAGUGAACCUAAUAACAGGUUCGUUAUUGCCACAUUAUAGCAGGGCCCAGA